GCAAAACCAAACAGGUAAUGUUGCAAGUGUGUCGCUAGCGUUUUGUCGAUUCAAAGGCUAAUUUGUUCUUCAGCUUUGUGUUUAAUGACGUAAUCAGGAAGCAUCCAGUUGUCAUGGUAACAGCUGUUCAGGACCAUACUCCACGUUAUCCUGAUGUUUGUGGACGAGACAGUAGAGGGGGUUGCGGUACCGUCAGUAUGGCGCAAGUACCGAGAGUGUGAGACGAAAACCUGUCAGACUAUGCCAAUCAGCACAAGGGAGACCUCUCUGCAAGUAAGGAGAGUCAGUGAGGCUGGCUGUCAAACUGAACAGAGAACGGACCAGCAUGCCUUGGAUAUUGACGUUUCUCCUCUCCUGGAUUACCCAGGCUUGGGCAAAUUCCUGCAGCGUGUUGAGAAAGAGAUGAUCAAAGAACUGAAGAAAAACUGGAAAAGUCAUGCAUUUGAUGGCUUUGAGGCCAACUGGGAGGAGCAGAACCCUCUGGUAUCCUGCUUGCACAGCCUUCACUUCCCUGAAGCAUUCGAGCGACAGCUGCAGGUCACCGGCAUCACAUGGAACUCUACGGGCUCUGUCAUCGCCUGUUCAUACGGCAGGAUGGGUGACGGAGACUGGAGCACAGAAAAAUCCUACAUCUGUACCUGGAAUUUGGAUCGGAGAGGCUUAAACCCAAAUCGCCCCGAUGUCAUAAUAGAUGUCCCUAGUUCAGUUAUGUGUGUCGCCUUUCACCCCUCCCAGCCGUCACUUGUAGCUGGAGGACUGUUUAGUGGAGAGGUGGCGGUUUGGGACAUAAGUCAGACCGAUGAUCCGUUGAUAGCGAGGACAGGGAUUACUCCAGACUCUCACACUGAUGCAGUUUACAAGGUCGGUUGGAUGCAGGAGCAGACACAAGGUAAUCGGCCCCAGGUCCUGAGUGUCUCUUCAGAUGGCAAAAUUCUUGUGUGGCAGAUGGUGAAGCAGGGGCAGCUAGUGCUAUCGGACGGGUUUGCUCUGGUGGCGCAGCAGAUACCCAGCAACACUAAGUUAAACAAGCAUGGCCGAGGAGAUACUGCUAUUGGUGUGACCUGUCUCAGUUUCUCACACUUUGACCCUAGCGUUUUCAUCGUUGGGGCAGAGGGAGGAUAUCCUCUGAAGUGUUCUGUUGCUGUGCAAAGUUUAGCCAGCACUAGCACCGCCCACUCUGUUCCUCUAAAAGCCCCAGCCCAGUUCACUUACGCCCCACACGGAGGUCCAUUGCACUGCAUAGACUGCUCACCCUUUCACAGGAAUCUUUUUCUGAGUGCAGGGACUGAUGGGCAUGCACACCUCUACUCUAUGCUGCAGGCCAAGCCGCUAGUUUCCCUGCAGCUAUCUCAGCGGUACCUCUUCAGUAUUCAGUGGUCACCAGUCCGCCCAUUGGUAUUUGCUGCAGCAUCAGGCGAGGGUGAGCUGUUGCUGUUUGAUCUUGGAAAAAGCUCCCAGAAGCCAACUCUACGCAUAAAGCAGAUGGACGAUGACAGACCAGUUUACUGCCUAGAGUUUAACCAUAAACAGACCCAGCUUCUGGCUGCCGGUGAUUCAACUGCAACGGUCAAGAUCUGGCAGCUAAGCUCUGACUUUACUGAGCAAGGAGCCAGGGAGCAGAUUCUCUUGGAUGAAAUAGCCAGUGAUGUGUCAGACGCCAUCUAACAGGACAAAAACUACAACGAGGGCUCAUAAGCUACCCUACAGGACUAGCUCCCUUCUUGCAAAACAUGUGUAUGAUAUUAAAGUCACUGCUCCAGGAAUAGCUUCACUAAUGAGAUUCUCAAGGGUAUAACUUCAUUUUACUGGCAAAAUAAAUUCUUCUUGAUUUAUAGAAAUGAGAAAACUA